CUCCCAAGCGCAAACGGCGAGUUGCCGGCGAGCAGCGGGCGUCCGAGCUGCCAGCGAGCCGGAGGAGGAGCUGCGGCGGCGCCAAGGGCAGCCGGGGAGCGGAGAAGGGCGCCCCAGGUGGUUGCCCCCUCCCUCUCCUGAGAUGUCAGGGAGGAGACUACCUGUAUCCUACACAGGGGCCCCACAGAGCCUGGGGUCCCCCAGCCCCAGAGUGAAGAGGUGGAGGUGCUGCUGACAGGUGCGCAAGCCAUGCUCCCUCGGCACUCCUCCCUCAUCCUUUUCCUUUUCCUGUUCCCCAGCAUCCCCAUGGAACCCCAAUCCCCACCCUCCACCUUGCCCCCAUUUCUGGCCCCUGAGUGGGAUCUCCUGUCUCCCCGUGUGGCCCUGUCAAGGGGCGCCCCUUCUGGGCCCCCUCUCCUCUUCCUGCUGGAGGCUGGAGCCUAUGGGGAGCCGGCAGGGGCCCCAGCCAACCGCAGCCGGCGUGGGGUGAGUGAGACUGCGCCCGCGAGCCGCCGGGGUGAGCUAGCCGUGUGCGACGCAGUGAGUGGCUGGGUGACGGACCGGCGGACGGCUGUGGACUUGCGUGGGCGCGAGGUGGAGGUGCUGGGCGAGGUGCCUGCAGCAGGUGGCAGUCCCCUGCGUCAGUACUUCUUCGAGACGCGCUGCAAGGCCGAAAGCGCUGGGGAAGGUGGCCCGGGUGUGGGCGGAGGAGGUUGUCGCGGUGUGGAUCGGAGGCACUGGCUCUCAGAAUGCAAGGCCAAGCAGUCCUAUGUGCGGGCGUUGACUGCAGACUCCCAGGGCCGCGUGGGCUGGCGCUGGAUUCGGAUCGACACAGCUUGCGUCUGCACGCUUCUCAGCCGAACAGGCCGGGCCUGAGGGCCCCAGCUUGAGGAAAAAGGAGCUGGAUG